UCACUCCACACUCAAACUAAUCACAAUUCCAAUCCCAGGGGCUUAAAAUUCCAAGUGCUUAAUUCCAGUUCUAUCAUCAGUUAUCAGGAUUUCAAGAUCAAGAAUCAAGUUUUAAGAUCAAGAAUCAAGAAGAUGGCUCUUGAAGCUUUGAAUUCUCCCACUGCCGCCUUGUCUCAGCCAAUUCAGUACAUUGACCAGUCUUGGGUCAAAGGCAAACGCACCAAACGGCCGCGCAGCGCCGCCACCGAGGAGGAGGAGUACUUGGCUCUCUGUCUCAUCAUGCUCGCCCGCGGCCACGUCUCCCCUGCCUCGCCUCCGCCCGCGGUGGUUCCCGAGCAGAAGCUUUUGUACAAGUGCUCUGUCUGCGACAAGUCGUUCGCGUCUUUCCAAGCUUUGGGUGGUCACAAGGCUAGCCACCGGAAGAUUUCUGCCGCCGGCGGGGGAGAUGAAAAGUCAACCACCACCACCGCGAGCGGCGCCGGGAGGGUGCACGAGUGUUCUGUCUGUCACAAGUGCUUCCCCACCGGACAAGCGCUCGGUGGACACAAGAGGCGCCACUACGACGGCGGGAGCGGCAAGAGCGCCGGGACGGGGGUGACUUCUUCGGAGUGCGUGGGGUCCACCGGCAGCUCCCACCGGGAAUUCGACCUGAACCUCCCCGCCUUGCCUGAAUUCUCCCCUGUUUUCGGCGGCGGCCGCUUGCCUGAAGACGAAGUUGAAAGUCCUCACCCGGCGAAGAAAGUGCGGCUAAACGUGGCCAUUCCAUCAAUAAAUCUCAACCUUUCUAGCUAAUGAUCGACGGCUUGAAUUGCUUAGAUAGAACCUUACACUUGUAUAUUGUAUACAAGUAGUUUAUAAAUUUGCAGCUUCAGUUUGGUUUUAGUUUGUUAAAUCAUUAGAUAUGUGUUUAUCUCUUCAUUUCAUAUCAUUAGUUGGGGAUAUACAGUAGAAAGUAUUUGCUGUAGAUAUAGAAUCAAUCACUAUUCAAUGAAUUUAAUUGGUUCUUUUAUAAAAUAGUAGUACUUCGUACAUAGUAAUGUUUC